GGCUGCUGAGCGUCACAGCUCUGAUACUGCAGGUCCUCCUGAUACGACCACAAACACACCACCACCAGAGGACUGCUGAUGUUCUGCAAAACCACAGGGCAGUUUGAGGAAGAGGAAAAGAGCUGCUGCUGCCGAGACAUUCACAAAAACUCAGAGAUACAGCUGUUAAAACGAGGGGCUGUAGGAGCUAGGAGGAGGACAACAAGAGAAGAGGAAGAAGAAGAAGAAGAAGAAGAAGUGUAAGAAGGACAAGAGGAAGAUGAAGUUGGUUUUUGGGACUCUGGUCUUCGUCUCUCUGCUGUCGACCAUCUGCAGCGUCUCUUCGUCUCCUCGCCCUACAGAUAACUGUUCCAGCAUGUCUGUCCGUCUGCGUGCGUUCAAGCUGAAGAUGAAGUGUAACUUCACCACCCUGAAGGAGCGGCAGCUGAAGGAGAUCCAGGCUCCGACCACCAACGUGUACCUGCCGAUCCUCUACCUGCUGGCGUUCCUGGUGGGUCUCCCCUCCAACCUGCUGGCUCUGUGGGUCCUGCUGUUCAGGACCAAACAGCUGCCAUCCACUACGCUGCUCAUCAACCUCACCGCCGCCGACUGCCUGCUGCUGUUGGCGCUGCCAUUCCGCAUCGUGUACCACUUCAGAGGAAACAACUGGGAGCUGGGCGAGCCCUUCUGCCGCAUCGUCAUGGCGAUGUUUUACGGCAACAUGUAUGGGUCUGUGCUGUGUCUGGCACUGGUGGCUCUGGACCGGUACAUUGCUUUGGUCCACCCGUUUGGUGCCAAGACGCUGCGCAGCCAGCGGGUAUCUCUGUACAUGUCGGCGGCGGUGUGGACGGUGGUGUUGGCCGCCAUGCUGCCGUUGCUGGUGUCGCAGCAGACCUACAUGCUGGAUGAGCUGCAGAUCACCACCUGCCAUGAUGCACUGCCGGAGGAGGACCAGGAGAGCUACUUCCUGCCGUAUUUCGCCACCUUGUUUACCGUCUGCUUCCUGCUGCCCUUCCUAGUCGUACUGUUCUGCCACGGCGCCGUACUGCGCACUCUGCUGGCUGAGGGGAAGCGCUACGGUCACGCCGUCCGGGUGACGGUACUGGUGCUGCUGGUGUUCAUCGUAUGUCUGCUGCCCAGUAACAUCCUCCUCCUCCUCACCUACGUUGACAGCUCGCUGGAGGGAGACGGUGAGGACAUGUAUGUCCCCUACAUGGUUAGCUUAGCAGUCAGCACCUUCAACAGCUGCAUCGACCCCUUCAUCUUCUACUUCGUGUCGGUGGAGUUCAGGGAGAAGGCCAGGAACGUGCUGUGUUGCCGCGGCAACUCCGAGGAUAAACAGUCUUCUCUGGGGAACAACGUGUCGUACUCUUCGUCAUCAGGACGGAGGUCAAAGGUCACAGAGUCAUCUCGGUGUGACUCAUCUGAGACGGUGUGAGGAGGCGUCGUUGUGUCAGAACCACGUUUACCUGAUGGUCACAUGACUGCUGACAUCAUCACAGCUGAUUUUUAAUGCGUUGGACUGCUCCUUUAAACUGUUGAUAUGAAGGCUGAAUUGAUCCCUGAUGACUUGAUUGAUUGUAGAUUUACAAACUACCUGAUUUAGUUUAUUUACACAUUAAUAAAGUAAUAUUUAAAAUACACUGCUCGACUGUUGUGUAAAUACACAGAAUCAAAGAUUAAAGACAGUUUUGUAAAUUCACAGAGAAAAUAAACGUGUUUAAUAAAACGUUCACAGACAGACUGAGAAAGUCUUUUCUGUCUA